GGACCGGAGAGCGCCAUAUGAUUUCCGAGCUCCAAUCAGCACCGUCCUCACUCUGCACGCGAAGAUGGCGAGGAAAAGGGCAGCGGUGUGAACGGGAAGGACGCCGCGCGCGCGCGGGGAUGCGAACCAGAGCUCGGCUGUUUCAUGGAGAGCGACAGCGCGCGCAUCCCAAGCAGGAGAACCGGAGCUGGACCGCACCGAAGAGCAGCAGCGGAUUACAAUGCUGAUAGUGGAGAAGACCGCUGAGCACCCGUCAGGGGAGUACUCCGUGGUGGAGGACACGGCCCUGCACUGCACUUUCCUGAUGGAGCGUCUGAACGAGCAGCGGUUGCUGCAGCCGGACCUGUGCGAUGUGGACAUCGUGCUCCUUCGUCACCAGGCCACGUUCCAGGCUCACAAGGGCGUGUUGGCUGCCUAUAGUCCCUUCUUCCACUCGCUGUUCGCCUCCAGUAAAGAGCUGCAGCGCGUGGAGUUGUCUCUGGAGGCGCUGCGACCUCAGGGAUUUGAGCAGAUCCUUGACUUCAUCUAUACUUCCAGGCUGCUUGUGAACAGCGGAAAUGCGCAUGAUGUGCUGCGCGCUGCCACCGUGCUCCAAAUGGCUAACGUGGUGUCGUCGUGCCGUGAAUUGAUCUCGCGUGGCUCUCUGCAGGACGAACAGCCAGAGCGGGACAUCCAGGCCUGGAGCCACAGCAAUGGAAAUGGAGGAGGCGGGGACUCCAAGUUCUCGAUGGAGAUCAAGCAGGAACAGGACGCAUCCAGUGCCAAGAUCUUUGGAACCAAGAGCGAAAGGAGCCCUUACGUAGCACACAUUGGAGAAAGACAACAUUUGGGGACAGGCAAGGAGGAGUGCGAUAUGGAGGUAAUGAGAGAUUCAGAAGACUCCUUCGACAGGAAGCAGAUCAUUGUCGAGCUCAAUCUCAACAACCAGACCUUAAACAUGUCCAAAGGAAUGGAAGGAAGGUGCUCCUCUACAGCUCCCACUGGCUUCGAGGCGAAGAAGGACAGCGGUGACUCAGAGGAAGACAGAGAACACAGCGGAGGUGAGGACGAGGUACCUGGAGGGACAAGCGAGGACGAGGUAGGAGAAGCUGCGAAUAUGGAUUUCAGUAUUCCCAAAUUUCUACCACAAAGAUCUCGCAGGAAAACCAGAUCCUCGUUGGACGCCAUGGCCACUGUUACGAUGAGAACGAGUAUGAGGGUACGGCGCGGUGAGCGUGUUGGUGUGCGCGGCGAGGAAGAGGAGGAGGAAGAAGAAGAGGAACGACUUGGACAGGUUGUGAGACUGGAGGAGAGGCGGAGAUUCCCAUGUGUAAGGUGUCCACAGGUCUUUACCAACAGCUGGGACAUGGAGAUGCACGCCAACGUCGAACACAACUACAUGCAGGGGUGCGACAAGUGUGGGACCCGUUUCCUGCUAAAUAGUGAGCUGCUCCUGCAUCAGCAGACUGACUGUGAGAAAAAUUUACAGUGUCUUACUUGUGGCAAAAACUUCAAGAAGCUUUGGUCCCUGCACGAGCACAACAAAAUCGUCCACGGUUACGCUGAGAAAAAGUUCACUUGUGAAAUAUGCGGGAAGAAAUUCUUUACCAUGGCCCACGUUCGCAAGCACAUGGUCGCUCACACCAAGGAAAUGCCGUUCACCUGCGAGACAUGCGGCAAGUCUUUCAAACGCAGCAUGUCUCUUAAAGUCCACUUCCUCCAGCAUUCCGGCGAGAAGCCUUUCACGUGCGAGAAUUGCAACGAACGCUUCCAGUACAAGUACCAGCUGCGAUCGCAUAUGAGCAUCCACAUCGGCCACAAGCAGUUCAUGUGUCAGUGGUGCGGCAAGGACUUCAACAUGAAGCAGUACUUUGAUGAACACAUGAAAACUCACACAGGUGAGAAGCCGUACAUAUGCGAGAUCUGCGGGAAGAGCUUCACCAGUCGCCCCAACAUGAAGCGGCACCGGCGCACACACACCGGCGAGAAGCCGUACCCGUGCGAGACGUGCGGCCAGCGCUUCCGCUUCUCCAACAUGCUGAAAGCUCAUCGCGAAAAGUGCUUUCCGGUCAGGAACCCUCCCACAGAGGCUCCUCCCACAGAUUAUGAACCCGCCCAAAACAAUACGUCCUACGUGACGGAUCAGAGUUCUUCCGACCCGAAGGACGUCGGACCACAUUCUGUGUUUUCAGCUGCACGGACCCUCUCGAGAGACGCGUAGCUACCGAACGGUCUCCCUGCCAAGCUAGAGCUCUUUUCCACCUAUGACAAAGAUGGAGUUCUCGGCGUCUGUGAGCCCGAAGAGGCAGCGGGGGGUUGGCAGCGAGGGCAUCCCGAGCCAUUCAGAGCUCAUGGGGUCAAAC